AUGAAGGCAACAAUCGCCUACGUCAUUGCCGCGACCCUCUUCGGAGCUACGCAAGCAGCAGUCACUCCCGUGAACAACAUCAUUCGCCACGAGUACAACAUGAACGCGAGAGCCGGUGUUCAUGGCAACAUCGAGCGAGACGAGGUCAUCUACAACCCCGCAACCGACGUCCUGCAGCCUUCGACCGUCGGUCACACGCGGCUUCGAGUCGGACCUUGA